AGGAACACUAAUCGUUGCUUAGAAACAAGUAUAAACAAAACACGCCGGGGUGAACCGUUGUAGUUUUAAAUAGCUGGUCCGACUAAAUACUCGCGUAAUUCAGUGACAUUUGUAAGUCUCUCUGAAUUUCCAAGCAGUUUUGAGCGGUGUGGGUUAAGGCUAAGGUUGCUAAUAUUCUGAAGUCAGUUACUGAGGAAAACAACGACUUCUCCCAGUCACAGCUACCUGUCACAGACGUUAGCGCUCCCUAAAGAAAAAAAAAUGGCAGUGCCGCACACUCACCUGCGGGUCCCGGGAGGAUUUGGUAGUCUGCUGGAGGGGCUGACUCGAGAAAUCCUACGAGACCAGCCUGAAGACAUCCCUAAAUACGCCGCGCAGUACUUCGAAACUCUUCUUAAAAAGAGAGAAGAGAGUGGCAUGGACCCUGCCGAGUGGGCUGCUAAACUACAAGAUAAAUUCUACAACCAUGCGUCCAGGAGCACUGAGGAGGAGUGCAGCGGGCCCCAGAAGAAGGACAUCAUGAACAUCCCCCUGGAUGACCCUGAGGCCAACAGGGCUGCUGCCAAAAUUCAGGCUGGCGUUCGUGGCCACAUGACUCGUACGAAACUGAAGCUGGAGGACAAAACAGGAGCAGAGGAGGAAGACUGCAUCCAGCCCCAGAAGAAGGGCAUCAUGAACAUCCCCCUGGAUGACCCCGAUGCUAACAGGGCUGCUGCCAAAAUUCAGGCUGGCAUGCGUGGCCACAUGACUCGUAAGAAGCUGAAGUCGGAGGACAUAGCAGAAGGGGAGGAGGAGGAGUGCAGCCAGCCCCAGAAGGAGAAGGGCAUCAUGAACAUCCCCCUGGAUGACCCUGAGGCCAACAGGGCUGCUGCCAAAAUUCAGGCUGGCGUUCGUGGCCACAUGACUCGUAAGAAACUGAAGCUGGAGGACAAGGCAGGAGCGGAGGAGGUGAGCAAUAGUGGGGAUGAGUUCAACAGCAGCCAGGGGGAGUCAGCCUGGCCCUUCAAAAGAAACAGCAACAGAGGUCACCAUUUCCAAGUGAGUCUCUUUUGAUGUGCAGUCAGGAGGAUCGAGAGGAGAAACAAGAGGGAAAGGACAGAGAAGAGUGAUGAUGAAAUACAGCAUAAUUUUUUUCAUUGCUAAAAUGUUUCUGGAGUCAUUUGAUUUGAGGUUUUCUGUAGACUCGGUUAUGGUUUUUGUCCCUAUGGAAUACUAGGAGAGAAAAUAAAAGUCACUAAGUAACUGCAGUAAUCAUUGCAAUCACA